CUGGUAAAACCAGGCGCGGUAGUCUUCAUUCCUCCAAGCACGAGCGUGGCAAUUCGGUGGAUGUUGGUGGCGACAUCAUCGUUGAUUUGCAAGGUUCAUCUGUCUCCUCCGACAUCAUUGACGCUUCUUUCCUGUAUGGAAGAGACGAGCGUGGGUGGGUCAAGGGCUCCUCUUUCUUGUUGCAAAUUUCUUGGAGUAAUAUUCUUUCAGAAAAAGCGCCCCUCGGUAUUGGUGGCCAUCAGCUGAAUUGGCAAAAGCUAAAUAAAUGGGUGUUGAUGCCGAAGGAUAGGUUGAUCAAUUUUAGUUGACAAAGUCAAAGUUCAGUUCUUCUGUUGAAGAAUGUCGAUGGAUGAGGUGUUGAGGGGUGACAAGCUCAUAUUGAGAGGCUUGUUGUUCCAUGGUUUCCAUGGGGUGAAGGUGGAAGAAAGGAAACUGGGUCAGAAAUUUUUGGUUGAUGUUGAUGCUUGGAUGGAUCUGCAGGCAGCUGGAAAGUCAGACGUGUUGUCUGAUACUGUCAGUUACACCGACAUCUAUCGCAUAGUUAAGGGGGUCGUGGAAGGACCGCCCAAGAAUCUUCUAGAGGCAGUGGCAGAACACAUCACGUCGACUACCUUGGAGAAAUUCCCCCAGAUAACAGCUGUUCGAGUGAAAGUUGGGAAGCCUCAUGUUGCAGUUCCUGGUCCUCUUGAUUACUUGGGCAUCGAGAUAGUAAGGUACAGAAGUUCUCUUAAAUCGGAUCAGGCUGCUUGACUAGUAAAUGGAUUGUAAGACCUGCAUAAUGUGAAAUGGUCUUCACAUUCAAUUUACUCUGCCUAUACUUCGGGUAUAUAGGAUUUCAAAUCGUUUUCCACAAUGUUAAACUGAAUUUUUUCAAUGUAUCUUGAUGAUUCGUUCGACUCAUCAGUACUCGGGAAAAAUUGACGUGACUGUCGGGUUCCAUUUC